CAUAGUGUACCAUGUAGCAAAAGGACGCAGUGUUCUUUCAUUGGUCACCGGACGCAUCUCUUACAUGAUAUUCAACAGAGAACUUUCAUUUCCUGUUUGGAAUCCAGAUUCACUUCAGAAUUUACUUCAUUACAUUUAGAGGAGGACAGUGAGUGUUGUCACAGGGUCACAUCAAAAAUGGAACCACAUUUGAAUUUCGUGUUACUGGGGGGAAAAGGAGUUGGGAAAAGUGCAUCAGGAAACACAUUACUGGGACGAGAAGCAUUUGUAUCAAAGAAAAGCUCCAAAUCAGUCACACAAGAUGUUGCUGUGGAAUCUGGUAAAAUUGAUGGGUUGCCAGUCACUGUUUAUGACACACCAGGAUUCUGUAACACAGAGCUGAGUGAAGAUGAGGUUCAGAAGAUGAUAAAUGAAAAGGUUUUCCAGAAAUGUGAAUCAGGUCCCUGUGUGUUUCUGCUGGUCAUCAAAGCUGAUAGUUUCACUGAAGAAGAGAAAAAAACUGGGGGGAAAAUCGAGGAGCUUCUGGGAGAAAAACGCCUGCAGAAAACCUGGAUUCUCUUAACCAGAGGUGAUGAAUUAGAAGACAACAACAUGACAAUAAAAGAAUUCCUUGAUGAGUCUAAACCCUUGAAAAAGCUCAUUCAGAAAUAUGAUCAGAGAUUCCAUGUAUUCAACAACAAGAAAAAAGGACAUAGCGGUCAAGCUAGAAGUCUGCUAACAAAAAUUCUUCAGAGAUCGUUGGGGUUAAAGGAUGGAAGGAGGCUGAUGAGACUGAUUAAGGAUGAACAACAAAAGACUGACGAUAGUCCUUCGACCAGACGGAUUAUUCUGCUGGGUAAAACUGGUGUUGGGAAGAGUGCAGCUGGAAACACAAUACUGGGAAAGAAAGAGUUUGAAUCUGAGCAGAGUAUGGAUUCGAUAUCACGUGAAUGUUUAGAAAAACAUGCCACUGUUUCAGGCAGAUCUGUGUCUGUAGUUGAUACUCCUGGAUUCUUUGACACUUCCAUUGAACAUGAAGAGUUAGUGAAAGAGAUAGCAAAAAGUGUUUAUUUGUCCAGUCCUGGACCACAUGCUUUUCUCAUUGUGUUUCCUGUGAAUAUGAGAUUCACUGAGCAGGAGGUAAAGAUCGCUGAGUUUAUUGAAAUAAUGUUUGGAGAGGAGGUGUUAAAAUACUCCAUCAUUCUCUUCACUUAUGCAGAUCUGUUAGAAGGAGAGUCCAUAGACAAAAAAAUUAAGAAGAACACUAAAUUAAGACAUCUAGUUGAUCAGUGUGGAGGCAGAUAUCACAUCUUCAACAACAGAGAUCUGAAAAACAGAAAGCAGGUGAAUGAACUACUGCAGAAGAUUGACACAAUGGUAGAGCAGAAUGGAGGAGGACACUACAGUAAUCAGAUGUUUGAAGAUGCUUACAGAUUUAGACAAGAGGAAGAAGAGAGGAGACGGAGAGAGGAAGAGGAGAUUGAGAGAAUGUUAGAAGUACAAAGAGACCCUGAAUUUGAAAAAUUUUAUAGGCAGUAUGAAUCUAGAUUCCAGGUUUCAGCUGUUGUAGUUAGUAAAUUCAGUUGUGCUGAGUUUGGAGCAAUCUGUGGUGCUGUUCUUGGUGGAACAUUAGGAAUUGCUGGUGGGCCUGUUCUUGUAGCUAUUGGUGCAGGUUAUGGUGCAGCUAUUGGUGCAGGGUAUUGUGCAGCUAUUGGUGCAGUUAUUGAUGCAAUUAAGAAGCAUUAGGUAGUGCUUUUAGAUAAUAAUGUUGGACAGAUUCUCAUGGCCAGUUUUAGGGGAUCCAAAAUCAUGUUCUGACAGAUGCCGCGUUUCCAUUACAGAUUUGCGCAAAACUUUUGCGAUAUUUUCUAAAUUUCGAUAAAAAACGCUAUGUUCGAGGAUGCACAGGUCGACAGGUGCAUAGAAAUCUAAUACUAUUAUUUUCUAUUAUCUUAAUUAUGAAUUGUUCUAUUAGUAUUAGAUCAGAUGACAAACUUCAAUAACAUAAGAUCCCCCGAGGCUUGAGUGCAGCUGAUGACGCUUUGAACUGACACUCGAGGGAUCAAGAAUAAGAUUUCCUUCAAUUACCCCAUUCUCGGAAAGAGAUGCAUAAAUAAGUAAAGAAAAGCACCCCCUGUCUCGUCUUCUGUACAAACAUACCACACUAUCUUUAAAGAAUGAAAUGACUGUAUGUCAGGUGACCUGUAAAUGCGAAAAAAAAAAAAAAUCCAUUGUAGUACUCUGUGACUUUGUUAGUUUUCGUCCUAAUAAUUCUGUGAGAUCUACUAGAUUAUCUAUAAGCAAUUGUGUUGUUCCUUUUCACCAUUCUGCUUUUGGACUAUCGUCUUUUGCUGUGAAAGCUACUACUCACUGGAAUGCUUUGCCAGAGGAUAUAAAGGGGUGUAAAUCUAUUUUUAAAAUGAAGUUAAAAUCAUUCUUACAAUUUAAUCAGCUUUGUAGACAUUGACAUGGUUGCUGUUUAAUUGUUUUCUUGUCCUGAUAGUAUGUGUAUGUUUUAUUGUAUAUAUGUAUUGUGUGUGUUACUUUAUUGUUUAUGUCGACACAAACUGCGGGUGAAAAUUAGCUUUUAGCUAAAUCCGGUACAAUGCAUGGAAUGGAAACAUUUAUUUUAAAAAUUGUACAUGGUUAUAAAUAAAUUAAGUAAGUAAGUUUUGCGAAAUAUUCCUUUUUCGAAUUGCCUGAAAAACCACCUCAUGCGAGCAUAAAAACUUUCUUGCGAUAUAUGGGAGUUUUUGUGAAAUUCACAUGUUUCCAUUGAGCGUAUUUUCAAUUUUCAAUUUCAGUUUGCGCAAUUUAGAGGUAAUGCAAACGCGGCUAGAGAUUGUCCACAUUUCAACCAAACCCUCCAUGCUUCAAUUAAAGGCCCAUAAUGUUUUGAGAAAGACCUGUGUGGAUUUUACUGAUGCAGUCAAUAGUCAAAUUAAAAAGCUAAGAAUUUAAUGAAUCAUGACUCAAUAGUCAAACAUGAUAAAGUCAUGGAAAAGAUAAAAUAAUAUGAAGCGUUACUUGUAACUGUAAGUAUGAAGAUACAUUUUUAUAGCUUGGAGUCUCUGACUGAUUUUUAUUUAUUUAUUUAUUUUUAUUGUAAUUUUGUCCACCUCUGAAAUGGGUCAUAAAAUUGACAUUACCUGGGGUGUGUUUCCUGAACAACAAUGUAACUCGCUGCUUCACUACCAUUGUACGAUGCAUCGUUGUACAAAUCAUCUAGCUGGUCACGACUGUUUCCCGAAUCUGUAUUGUCGCAAACCUGUCGUUCAUCCACAUUGGUGAAUGAGUGUCACGCAGGUGGUGGAGUAAUAACUUCUUUAAAUGAAUCCGUUUGAGAUCGAAUUAAUGGUAGAUAUUUUGCUAUAAAUUACA